UAUUCUCUCUCUCUCUCACAUACACAUAUACCAUGUGUACGCGUAAAUACGUAUACAUAUAGUUACAUGUACACCUCCAUCACCAUGUAUCGGUCAUUUCUCUCCUACAGUCUCUGAUUUUUGCUUCCCGGAGCUCUUCGAUUUCCUUUUCCCCUUUCUUCUUCUGAGUUCUUUCAGUUUCAGGUUUUCCUCAUUUAGGUUUUUUACCCCAUGCUUCAGUACCUUAAUGAAAAACAAUGAAUUCUUCUGCAUGGAAUAUUUAUUUGCUCCAAUUUACAGCACGCUCAGAGCACUGAUUGAAAAGAUGGGCCGCUGCAUUAGUAAUGAGAGUGAAGGUGGGCUGCUGUCUACUGAUUCACCUUUGAGCAAUGAUGGUGAUAACUUUGGUGACAGUUCAAAUAGGGGCAGUAUUUUGAAGAAAGGCCCGUGGACAACAGCAGAGGAUGCAAUUUUGAUCGACUAUGUGAAAAAGCAUGGUGAAGGCAACUGGAACGCCGUGCAGAAGCAUACGGGACUUUCACGCUGUGGAAAAAGUUGCCGGUUGCGGUGGGCCAACCACUUGAGGCCCGACUUGAAGAAAGGAGCAUUUACAUCAGAAGAAGAGCGACUAAUAAUCGAACUCCAUGCUAACAUGGGAAAUAAGUGGGCGCGGAUGGCUGCACAUUUGCCCGGACGAACAGACAACGAGAUCAAGAACUAUUGGAAUACCCGAAUAAAAAGACGUCAACGGGCGGGCUUACCACUUUAUCCACCUGAAUUAUGUCUAGAAGGACCGCUGGAGAACCAACAAAGUCUUAAUUCAUGUGCAAUGUAUGGUGGAGAUACAAGAUCCUGUGAUAUCUUGCAAAGCAAUGGUUACAAGACCCCUGAUAUCAUGUUUGAUAGUUUAACAUAUGCACCAAAGCUUCCAGAUAUUUCUGAUAGUGGUUCUCUAAUAAAUUGUUUUGGUUGUCCUCAGUAUUAUAGUUUUGUUCCCCAAUCCAUAGGAUUGCAGAAAUGCCCUCAAGAUCCAGAUGAACCUAUGUCAGACUAUGGAGGGGGGACUGCUGCUGAGACACCCUCAUUUGACAGGGCUCAUAGUGACAAUUUUGAGAAUAGAAUGUCUCAAUCAUUUGGUUUUUGUAUCCCAUAUGAUCCUGACCACACUGAGUUGCCUCUUGGCAUAAAUCAGGAUAGUCAUUUUACGCCAAAUGGCUUUUCCUCUGCUUCUAAGCCCAUUGCUGGUGCUGAGAAGUCGGAGCUCCCUUCACUCCAAUAUCAAGUAAACGGUUUCGAUGUCUGGAACCCUGCACAUGAAUCGUUGGAAUUCAUCCAAUCCUCCAUAGGUUGGACACCCCCAUCAGGUUGUCCUUCUCCCAGUAGCUGUGGCCUCUUAGAAGCUUUACUUUAUGAAGCUAAUGCUCUGAGCCAGUCGUGGAAUCAAUUUUCUGAUAAGGCUACUUCAUCUACCAUCAGUGCCAGUGAUAUUACAGAUAGUUCUGUCUUGAAAACAUCCUCCCAAGAGCUUAAAGGUUAUCUGGACCCGUUAUCAUCAUUGGGUAACUCAGUGGGAUCUAUUUUCAAUGAAUGCUCUCCUGCCCACGCCGUUGUAAGUUCAUUGGAAGAGAAAUUGCCUGUGCGCAUUCUGAAAUCAGAACCGGUUGAUCAAAGUUGGGUCCUGGAUAGAGAAAGGAAUGGUAUUUUGAAUGAUUUUGACUGCAUUAGACCUGCUGCUACGCUUGGAUCAUGCUGGCUUGAGCAGAGUGCUUCCUUUGCAAAGCAACAAGCCUCUGCAACUGAUUAUAUCCUCGGUGAUGAUUUGGGCAGUGAGUUGAACAUGUCUUCUGGAACUUCUGUUUCUAGCUUGGGUCUUAGUUCUUGCACCUGGAAUACGAUGCCAGCUGCCUGCCAAAUGUCCGAUCAUCCCUGAAAAAUUGCCUAUUCUUGGGGUUCUUUGUUUGUUCUCGUUUUUCCAUGGAGAUAUUUUGACAAAAUAGGUCUUCGCAGUAUACAGAUACAAUGGUGAUGCUGGUCUAGUGUUGUGGGUGGAUUUCAAAAUGUUCUCUAAGAACUUGUCUGCAUAAUUUUGGCAUCAUGAAGCUUCAUGAGGUGGUUUAGUCGACAAAGUUCUUGUGCUUUGUUAUGAUAUUUGUCCUAUGCCUCUCCAUCUCCAUGGACAUGAUUUGAUUGACUUCAAGGUUCGUAAUUUUUGAAGAAUGUAUACUUCAAUGAAUUUCCGGUAGCGUAUAAGCUCAUUGAUCGAGUGAUUGUUUGCCAUGUUGCUUGUUCCCUGUUUUGGGAAACAAUCAUUGUUAGUGGAAACACACAACUCUUUGGCUUAACAGAAGAAAGUGUCUUUCGGCA